AUGGUGUCCAGGAUCCUACGCGCAACACCUUUAGGGCGAUUGCGACUCGCAUUGGUAGAAGAUGCUCCGGCAAUAAUGCCUCUUGUUACUGAAUCUAUGUCGAAGAAUUUUCGUGUUUAUCAACAAUCGGAUAUCGUGUAUCUUAUCGAAACUUGUAUUUUAUCGAUAUGCCAGCUAGACCUUAACGAAACGAUCGUCGGUUUUUUAGUACUGAAGGAUUAUCCUUUAGCACCUUCGGUUAAUCCAGGCGCUUGGGAAGAUUUUAUCUGGACUAAGUUUAAGGUUAUCGAAUUAAAAGCAAGAAAUACACUGUUUAUACAUAUGUUAUGCUGGAACCCAGUCUAUGCUCGUGAAGUGGUCGAUAGCAUGCUGAAGUCCGUAUUCAUGCACGAUCCUUAUCUACAAUAUAUUGGAAUGAUGAAACCAUUGAUUGAUUAUCAACUGUUAAUACCGGGUCAGUCACGUUCCGAAGCUUCGUUUAAGCGAUCACAGGCGAUAGAACGAGGUGUUCCCGGUGACCAACUCCCUUCAUUGUGGGUAGUUGAGCGACGAGAAGUUAGCCCUAGGUUGAGGAUUCGUCGAGCAGUUGAAGAAGAUAACGAUGAUUUAGUGCCAAUAAUAGAGCGUCACUCGACGCGUCUGCGAGAACUUUACGGCGACUUCUACAUCAGCGAGCUCAUAUCGAGACAUCCGGAGUCUGAAAGAGUGUUGCUUGUGUGUGAGCAUAAAGAGUUGGCAGUGGGUGUUAUGUGCCUUAACACUCAGAUAAACUACGAGGCUCUAGAAGAAAGCUUUGAGCUUUCUUCAUUUUCCGGCCUUCGACAUCUUGAUAGACCACCGAAGCCGCGAGAACGUGAUUCCGCUAUUAGUUUCUUCACAGGAACUGGAAUUGUCUUUGAAUCUAAGCAGGAGUCUAGUGCUGAUAUUGCAUCGAAAGAAGCAAAGUCCAGGGUUACUUGGGUGUUUGAGGAAGAUGCCUUUAAUGAUAUUCACAAGGAAGCAGAAACAAAGGUCCGUUCACACCAGAUCCCUUACACACAACUAGAUAUACUCCAGCUUUUGGAAGACGAAGAAGAUGAACUGGAGUACGAUAUUGUGAACAUUGACACAGACUUGUUAAGAUUGCCGCGUCUCUUCAUGAACGAAGACUUUGUGAAGAAACAAAGAUUCUCCGAAGAUUGUCAAGAGUUUCAACAUAGAAAAGAAUCAGUGUUUGAAAAUAAAUACCUCGUUAAAGAAACACCAAAACGACUCUCAAUUCCUAAUUCAAGUGCAGUAACACAAUGCAAAGUACCGGAACCUACUCGCUAUUCCGGUGCCCCGAAUGCAUUUUUAUUGGAACUAUUCGCAAUGCAUCCUGAUUACGAUGAAAGAUAUGGUUUUGAUAUGCUCGAAGCUGCUUAUGAACUAUUUCCUGAUAGAGAUUAUUGUGUUAUGUGUCUUCCGUCGAGUCACACGUGUUUUCCGCUUCUAGAACAUUUUACGCUCGUAACGCCUUAUAGUUUUCGAAUGCGAUUUAUGAACGAGACUUUGUAUAUUGCUCAUGUUAACUCAGUAAGGGGAGAUAUAAGAGUACGUGAAGCGGAAGCGUACGAUAUACCUAACUUAAAUGACGUGUUAGAACAUGCGCCCAGGAAGCAAGAUUUGUUAGCACUAUUUGAAACAAGUCUUGAGUCCGAUUCGUUGUCAUCUUACGUUUUUCUAAGUCAAAAUCAACCAAUCGGGAUAAUUGUACUAGGACCUUUAGAAGAUGCUACUUCAAUUAGAACUCAGUACAAUUUGGAGGCUGAAUCUAGAAGAUAUGGAACCGAUGCAUCUAUUUUGGCUUGUGUUAUGGCACCAGUCAUGGAACCUCAUGGACGAUGGUAUUUAAGAGACGUAUUAAGACAGACCAAAUAUACAACUUUAUUCUGGGUUUGUAGACUCUUUGCUAAAGGUGACGCGAGUCCAAGUCGUAAUCUCAUGUCGUUAGCCAGCCACAUGUUACCAGUGCGGCCGCGUCGAUUGAUGCUUAGUGUUAUUGGUAAAAAAGGAGAUAAGAUAGUCAAGGAUAUUGCAACGCCGUUUGCUCUUUGGUCACUAGAACGACCUCUGACUAGUCUUCCGAAGGUGCACGUCAAUAGUAGCAUUGUUGUAGUUGGCGCCAGUCGGACGGGACUCGCCUUCAUUGAAACAUUGCUUUUAGGGCCCACGGCGGAAUACCUUACGUUUACAAACAUAACGCUCGUGUCUCUCCACGGCCUGCCGACCGUUGCUGAUAGCAUGCAUGCGGCAGAGACCUGCGUACCGCGUGAUGGUCGAUACUCUGACCGCUAUCUCAAGAGUCUACCAUUUUAUUAUUACGUUGAUGUCAUGUCUGCAGUUAUGACCCAGAUCGAUAGAAAGAAGAAAUGUAUUCACUUGAAGGGUGGUGGAAUGAAGUUCUACGACGAGCUCGUUCUGGUAUGUGGUCAGCAAUUCCAACAUCCUGACUAUUUGAAGGAUUCUAUUGAGUUGGCCAAGGAAGUAGAGAAAGGCAAACCUUGCCAUAGAGUUUUAAUGGAUAACCCAAAAUACAAACCGGAUUAUGUCCCAACGUCCCCGGAUAUGCCAGAAAAUGUUAUGCUUAUCAAUUCAUUAUUCGAGGCCAAUACGUGUCUUAGGAAGCUGAUGUGGAUGAUAUCUGAAUUCAAAAACAGUAGUUGCUGCCUUCGUGAAGACAAUCAAGUAGUGGUUUAUGGAGAUUGUAUAGAAGCAUAUAGUUGCAUGGCUGCUUUGCUGGAACUGGGGAUUUUACCCAAUAACAUUGCUUUUGUUGAACCUUUCCCACCAGAAGAUACCACGGCUAUGAGAGUUAACUGCUUUAAUAAUGAGACAGUGGAUGAAAGAGUUCAAGCUAGUAUAGAAAAACUCGGUGUCCGUAUAUACCGAAGAUGUUAUUUGAAUGGCUGGUCGCAGCAAGACUCUCGCGUAGAAUUCCUCCGUCUCAUGACGCCAUUGCACGCCUUACAUCUUCCAUGUUUUGCACUAUUCCAUUUUGGGAUUAAAGCUAUUGAUUUGAAUGCUUUUAAAGCUAUAAAUGACUGUGGUUUGGUGUAUGAUGGAGGUCUAGUGGUCGGGCCGUUGUUCGAUACCAAUGAUCCUCAUGUAUAUGGCGCCGGUCCUUGCGCAAAAUAUUCUCGCCGACUCUAUGCGCCUCAACAUCUUCACAAAUAUUACUGCUCCGAGGACGUUGGUGAAGCGUUAGCGAGGCUUUUUUUACACAAGCUGGAUCCCUUCAUGACGGGCAGCGUUGAUUUCGAUCCGCUUUCAUCGGAACUCACGUCACGAUACAGUUCUUGUUUGUUGACAUGUCGAAGUUCCCAUGCGAGUAUUAUGAGUACUCGUCGAUCAUCUGGCAGUCCUAAUAAAAGUCGAUGGCAACCUGUAAUGAAGUUUGAUUCGCCCAUUGUUCAGUCAGCGACAUUGCCGGGGCCGCUCCACUAUAUGCGCCUACGGAGGCCUGGCCGGGAUAUACCGAUGGCAGUAAAACAGUUGUUGCCUAAUCAGGGUCAUACACUUGUAACGGAUAAGCGACAGAACUACUUUAGGCUUCAAAUAAAUGCAUUGCAUUGUAUUGAAUCUGUUACUUGCCUCUCAAAGAGGCAAUUUUCCUGCGAAAUUUUCACUCAAUUGUAUGGAAAGCAUGAAGCGUAUUUCAAUAAUCUUCUUGGGAGAUAUAAAAUGAAACUUAUAGAUGAUUUGUAUGAAUAUUUCACUCAAACUUGGACAUCAGCCCAAUAUCAAGAGCCGUUUAGUGUUCUUUUAGAAGAUGUUUACGAACAAGGAGGAAAUACGGUUUAUGACGUGGUUAAAACCAAAUACGAAGAAUUCUUUGGUGAUCGGAAAGCUGAUAUUAAACCUCAUCAUGAAUCUCUGUCCGAAAGUGCAUCUUUGCGCAAGGCUCAUUGCAAGGAGUGCGGUCAAAGCGAGGCGCUGCGACACGAAUCUGCAACAUUCUGGAAGGCUAUCGGUGGUGAGAGUAUCGUGUACUCCCACUUUGUUCGAUAUCUCAAUAAAAAUAUUCUAACAAAUCCUAAUUACGCCGUGCCCGAGCACGAGUUUAUUUGA